AUGGCAACGGGCGCCCACGAGGAGGUGCACGUCUGGUCCUUGGGUAGGAAUGAUGAUCCUCUAGCGUUGUGGAACCCUCUCGGACGCGUGGGCUACCCCGCAAUGGUAGAUGAACAUAAGGAUGACUCGGUCAUUGUCUGUGACCUGCACUGGAUAUCCACACCAUCUCAUCCUCAAUCGCUUUUGGUCUGCUACAUGCACCACGGCAUCGUGUAA